AGAGCAUACCCACACGGGAUACUCGACAGCAUAGAUGGGUAGGAUAAAAAGCCCACGCAAAGCGGUCAUCAUCGGUGCUGGCGUUGGCGGUGUGGCCACUGCAGCUCGCCUCGCAGCCGCAGGAUGGAAAGUCACCGUGAUAGAGAAGAACGACUUCACAGGCGGACGGUGCAGCCUUAUCAGGGAGGAUGGCUAUAGGUUCGACCAGGGCCCCAGCUUGCUACUACUACCGCAUUUGUUUCAUGAGACGUUCCAUGACUUAGGGACUUCAAUGAAAGAGGAGGGAGUACACCUUGUCAAGUGCGAGCCGAAUUACAACAUUCAUUUUCAUGAUGGAACCGCCUUCAAAAUGUCCACAGAUCUUGCUACCAUGAAGGAAGAGAUCGAACGCUUCGAAGGCAAAGAUGGCUUUGAGCGGUACAUGUCUUUUGUUCAAGAGUCUCAUCGUCACUAUGAACUAUCAGUCACGCAUGUUCUUCGCAAGAAUUUCUUCUCAAUCUUCAGCAUGAUGCGUCCCAGCUUUCUGAGGCAUCUGCUUGCGUUGCAUCCGUUCGAAAGCAUCUACGGUCGGGCAAGCAAGUAUUUCUGGACUGAGAGGCUGAGAAGGGUUUUCACUUUCGCAAGCAUGUACAUGGGCAUGAGCCCCUUUGAUGCACCGGGUACAUAUUCUUUGCUUCAGUACACGGAAUUAGCAGAAGGUAUUUGGUACCCCAUCGGCGGUUUCCAUAAGGUCGUCGAUGCACUCGUCAAGUUGGGCGAACGAAGAGGAGUGAAAUACCAGCUUAACACCUUGGUGUCACACAUACAAGUUCAGGACUGUUCGAAAGGUCCCACGGCGACGGGUGUAGUCUUGGCCAACGGCGAGGUUCUCGAAGCUGACAGAGUGAUAUGCAACGCCGACCUAAUUUACUCUUAUAACAAUCUUCUUCCCCCAACAAGUUACGCUACUUCCUUAUCGAAACGCGAAGCAUCCUGCUCAAGUAUCUCUUUCUACUGGGCGCUUGAUAAGCAAUUCCUCGAGCUAUCGGCGCAUAACAUCUUCUUGGCGGAGGACUACAAAGAAAGCUUCGACAGCAUAUUCAAGAAACAUCUGAUUCCGGAACAACCGAGCUUCUAUGUAAACGUACCUUCACGUGUUGACCCAACUGCAGCGCCAAAAGGCUGCGAUGCGGUUGUUGUUCUGGUGCCUGUCGGCCAUCUCAUGGAAUCAUCGUACGGGUCACACAAAGGCAUGGCGGGAACAAGUGGCGAGAAGCAAGACUGGGACGCCAUGGUCACCAUCGCGCGGGAGACUAUACUUAAGACGAUCGAAUCGCGCCUGAAGAUAUCGCUUAGCGAUCACAUCGUUUACGAGUCUGUCAACACGCCGCCAUCCUGGAAAGAGACGUUCAAUCUCGACCGCGGAGCCAUACUCGGCCUCAGCCAUUCAUUCUUCAACGUCCUGUGCUUCAGACCGAAGACAAGUCACCCCAAGAUUCGUCACUUGAACUUCGUGGGUGCCAGUACACAUCCUGGAACCGGAGUGCCUAUCGUCCUAGCUGGAGCGAAGAUUGUGAGCGAGCAGAUCCUGAACGAAUCGCAUGGUAGCAAGGUGCCCUGGGUUGAAAACGGCGCCGCGAUAGCGAAGAACUGUGACAGUCCGUUAGAUCAAGCACAAUGGAUGCCAGUGCUGAAUUGGCUUCACUGGGUAGCGAUCCUUGUUAUUGCUUUUCUUGCAUCAGUACUUGGCCCAUUCUCAGGUGGUUGGAACUGGAAAGAGGCGAAAUUUGGGGGCGAUUGGUGAUAUUUCCUUCUAUGGCAGCACACACACAUCAAACUAUAGAUAAUCUCUAAAC